UUAAGGUUUAUAGUGUGUCCGUUUGUCGCGCCACGCAGUUGUUUCCACCUCAACAUUGCGCAUAUUUUUGCAUUUCGGUUCAAUCUCUCUCGUUUCCCUUUUUUUUCUACACUCCACUCUCUCCCUAUCCUAGUGCAUCGUCUGCACCGAUUUUUUCCCCGUGCGUGUGUACAAUUUUGUGAAGAGAAAAAUAACAGAAAAAAAAAAUAUAAAAUAGAGAGGAAAAUAAUUUCAGGGAAAUAAAUCAAAAACUCUGUUAACAGGCAGAAAAUUUUUGCAACUCACAGUGUGUAAAUCAUUAAAAUGGUUCCGUGUGUUGCAACAAAGGUACUGUGGAGUGGCACUAAAAUGUGGAUGAGAUGGAAAAGGGUUAACAGCUCCCAGUGAUACUGCGGCAAAUCUCCUGUGCGUACGCUCCGCGAGACUAUGUGAAUUUAUAGCAAAUCUGUGAUUUAACAAAAGUGUGCGUCAGGAGUGUGACAGUCAUUGCAGUGGAAAUUGGUGUGAAAAUGUGUAGAAAUUGACACAGGCAUAUUCUAAAUAAAAAAAAAGAAUAAGAAAACUGCCCCUAGAAGAAUAACGAACUCAAGACUUAGACAGACGUGCGCUCUAAUAAUCCAAAUUCGCAGACACGCAGAGUAAUGACAAAGAUAUCGGAACGGAAAAAAUAGUGCGUUGGCAAAAGGUGAAUUUUCUGACCCAAGCAGGAAAAGAGAGUUUGUGCUAAAUCCUUAUUGGGUUCAUCUGUGAUGAGAUACGAUAUAAUAGAACCACAUCAGUCUGUCAGAAUAAGCAAUUCUGCCAAAGGAAUGGCUUAUCAUCCAUUCUUGCAACUGUCCCGACCCACUGACUUCAGCGUCUCGUCGCUGCUGACAGCUGGUGCACCACUCCAGGGACAAGGAUCACCGCCAUCCAGCUACUUCCCGGCGGCGGCCCUGGCCGCCCUCACGGGCACCGGCCAGACGCCCCAUUCGCAUCUCUAUCCCAGUGCCAUCCUGCCAAAACUCACCGCCGCGCCCCAUCCGCACGUCCACCACCAGCUCAACACCCAGUACACCACCGCCGAGGACGUGGUCCUGGCCUCUGUCGCCCACCAGCUCCAUCCCGCCAUGCGGCCGCUGCGCUCCAUCCAGCCGGAUGACGACGGCGUCGUGGACGACCCCAAGGUCACGCUCGAGGGCAAGGAUCUGUGGGAGAAGUUCCACAAGCUGGGCACCGAGAUGGUCAUCACCAAGAGCGGAAGACAAAUGUUUCCUCAAAUGAAAUUCCGUGUAUCCGGAUUAGAUACGAAGGCAAAAUAUAUUUUAUUAUUGGAUAUUGUUGCUGCAGAUGACUAUCGUUACAAAUUUCACAACAGUAGAUGGAUGGUAGCUGGAAAAGCUGAUCCUGAAAUGCCAAAACGGAUGUACAUUCAUCCUGACUCACCGUCAACUGGCGAACAGUGGAUGCAGAAAGUAGUAUCAUUUCACAAAUUAAAAUUAACAAACAAUAUAAGCGACAAACAUGGAUUUGUAAGUACUACAAUAUUAAAUUCAAUGCACAAAUAUCAGCCGAGAUUUCACUUGGUCAGAGCGAAUGACAUCCUCAAGCUGCCCUACUCGACAUUUCGCACUUACGUUUUCAAGGAGACGGAAUUUAUAGCUGUAACUGCAUAUCAAAAUGAAAAGAUAACGCAACUAAAGAUUGACAACAAUCCUUUUGCCAAAGGAUUUCGCGAUUCCGGAGCAGGAAAGAGGGAAAAGAAACAAACGCUGAGCACACGCGGAUCAUCGGAUUCAGAUAAACUAACUCCGGCCAAUAUAUCAACAUCGCGGGGUGGAGCAUUUCUCUUGGAUAGUCGCACGAGGCACGAUCAGGCCCAAUUGGAUGACGAUGAUAACCUUUUGGACGUCGUUGGACCGUCACAGAGUCCGUUGCUGCCUCUGGAUCACCCAAUGCAGCUCCCCACGCAUCCAAAUACAGCCUGGUUCAAUCUCUCCAGCACGGGAAAGCGCUUCUCCGCGUCGUACGACAUGAGUUCGUACGAUGGCGAGCGCGAUGGGAGUGACUCCAAUUGCUCAGACUCUGGCAACUUGGGGGCAUUCACGCGGCCCCAGACGUCAGAGAGUCCGCAGGAUGAGAGUGCGACGAAAAAUAGUACAACAUAUCCCUCACCGAACAUCUCCCUUGGUCCACCACUGCAUCAGUCACCGCAUCUGUUGCCUUAUCUCUACCCCACGGGUCUGUAUCCACCGCCGCCAAUGUCGCUCCUCCACUCGCCCGCCGGCGCCAUCAAUCCCACCCUCAAUCCCAGCCUCCUGUUCAACGCACAGCUCGCCCUCGCGGCCCAACAUCCCGCACUCUUCGGCCACUACAGCACGGCGGGCCACACGCCACCCUCCAGCGGCUCCAUCACGGCCACCUCCACGUCCGCCCUGCACGGCCUCACCAAGCACCGCUUCGCCCCGUACAACCUGCCCGGCCUGGGCUCAGCCUUCGACGCGGUCACGCCAACCUCCUCCGUCUCAGGUGGACAGAGGAGCCUCAGCAGCAGCCCCCGGCCCCGACCGUCAUCCAUAUCGCCCCCCAUGCGACCCCUGUCCGCCUCCUCCACGUCCUCCAAGACCCACGCCAUCCACGUGACAGACGCCGCCCCGUCGGCCACGCCACCGGCGUCCAAGACACCAGUGCCAUCAAUCACGCCUCCCCCGGCCGCGGCCUCGGGCCUCAAGAGCAUCGAGAAGAUGGUGGACGGCCUGGAGCAGCCGAAGGGCGACACGGAGACCACCAAGCUCGAGCAGUGACAGUUGCUAGACAUCAACCUUGCGGUGGACACGGCCGAGGGGGUGUGGAAAAUCGACAGAGUUCUGGAGACUCAUCACAAAUCAUGACACAAUUUGAUCUCAACCUAAAGCAAUAGCGAAACCCAUCAUCGACAGGAGUCAAGUUUGCGCAUUUCUCCCUUCCGAAUUCCCCAACAAAUUCACAUCACACACACACAGACAGCACUGAUGACUUCGAGUGGUGAGAUGAACUCGUCAAGAGGAUAAUCCGAGGUUUAAUCCCGCGAUCUGGUGAGAAAUAUCGAGUCAAAAUGGUUCACAACCACUAGCAUUAUUUUAUCAAUAUAGUUUUCUUUAGACUUAUUAUUUAAUUUAUGACAUCGUAUUUAAGAAAUACGACACAAUAAACUGCAAAAAAUGGUCUUAAUUCAUGUGUUAAUCCUUUUUAUCAUUUCUUCAACACAAGAUGCAAAACACACAAGAUUUCUGUCGAAAAGACACUUGAAGAGAAGAGUCACAAAACUAGAAGAAAAAAUACUAGAAAAGUAGGGUGAAUGGAACAAAAUCAGUAUUAAAAUCAAUUAGAAUCAAUUUAAUGAGCAUAAUUUGUCUUUUUUAUUACAAAAAUAAUACCAGCGCAAAAGAGUUUGGCAAAUAGAUAGGAAUAUUCAGCUUCAAGGACAGAAAACAAGUAUAAAAAAAAAGUCUGCUAUUUUCGCAAUAUUUCUUUGAGAAAAUCACCUAAAGUAAAGAGACACAAUACUAUAAAGAGACAAUGGAAGUAAAGCUGAUAAGAAGCACAUACAAAAAAAAAAACAAAAAAAAAACAAUUAAGAGAGAGAAAAAAUAUCUCAUGUAAAUAUGUAAACUAUAACAUUUAUUUUAAUAAUCAAUGACUUAAUAUUCAAUUAAUUUUAGCACAUCUUAUACUGUUCUAGUUAAAAGGUAAUUAAAAGAAGAAGAAAACAAAAUUAAAUUGAGAGAAAGAAUUUAGAGAAAGCGAAAUGCAAAGAUAACAAGAGGUAAAGUUGAAAAAGUGCAAUAUCUAAUUUUGCCAGUGCAGUGAAUAUGGAAAAAAUAUAAAUAUAGAGAGAGAGAAAAAAAGAGGAAUAUAAAUUCAAUAACUAAUGAUCAAGCAUCAAUGAAUUGAAAAGGAAAGCGCAGAAAGUCCUAACGUGAAUCGCAAGAGCAGCACAAGAGAUGAGGAGAUACAGAGAUUAUACUUCUAAAAUGCGCAACUAGACAGUAAUCUGGCUUUGAUAACUUCUGAAUAAUUGGUAAAUUUUACUUUUUUUUUUACCCUCCUCCUCAACACAGAGAACUGAGUUGUUUGUCAUGCGGAAAAGAAGUAUAUAACAUUUAUAAUUUCAGGGCUUAAAUUCCCAUCACAUUCUCAGAGGAAAAUCCAGGUAAUAAUAAAAUGAAGGAAAAAAAACUUCUUUUUUGUAAACAUAAAAAAAUUAUUGUAUAAAAAAUUACAAAUCAAGAUAUGAUAAAUUUUAAUCAAUUGUACAUCAAAAAAAAAACAAAACUUUCCAUAUAUAUACAUAUAUAAAUAUAGUGAAAAAGAGAGUCAAAGAAGAGACAAUGAAGUGAAAAAGUGCAUUUUUCUUUUAAUUUUCCAAUCAUCACACAAUUCAUUUUACCCAUUUCUAUUCCACAUUGUUGAGUGUUGAGAACAGACAAAAAUACACUUCUCUUAUCUGCCAAUGCAAUAAACCAUCCCCAAAACAUCCCUCAAACACACCCACAUCCCCAUAAAUCUCUAUACUUUCUUCCUCAAACGGCAGCAAUAUCAUCGAGGAGUACAGGUAAUUAUUCACCAGAACGACUAACUUUGAUUAAAUGCAGUAUUUUGUGUGUCGUAAAAGGAAAGAAAAGAAUCCUUGUGCCAACUCCAAAAAAGGCAAUUCUAAUCAUAUCAUGUCGUGAAAUUAUGGAAGAAAAAGAAUCACGAUAUUUAAGUCUCCUCCAUAUUCCAACUUAUUAAUGUCGCUGUCGUAUAAAUUGCAAUAUUAUAUAGAGACACAAAAGAAUUCCUCCA